CCACCCACAGGUAUCCUGAUACAAAGCCUGCACUGACGAGCAGCUGAGCUUUCAUUUACGUACAGUGAAGGAAGAGUCUAUGAGGAACUAACUUCUAAAACAACACCUCACUGGAUGUACCAUGGAGUCAAAACACUUCAGUCUUCUUGUUCUGCUGUGCUUUGGAGUGCACAUGUCAUCUUCAGAAAUUUUGCAGCGACAAAAAAGGAACUGGAUCAUAGACUCCUUUGAAAUCGAUGAGGGCUAUCAAGGACCUUUCCCAUAUUCACUAGGCAAAAUUGAGACUGAGAAAAGCAUUAACUUAUUCAGGAUACAUGGUCAAGGUGUUGAUGAAGAACCUCGGGGUAUAUUAAAAAUAAAUGAACAAACGGCAGAGAUUACUGUCCUCGGCCCUGUGGACUAUGAGAGAUACAAAGUGUUAAAGCUCAUGUUUCAGGCAAUUGACAGAUACAACCAUGUCAUCGACACACAGCUGGGAGUUGAGAUAAAGAUUAAGGACUCAAAUGACAACCCUCCAAAGUUUGAGCGUGGAUCAUACACGAUCAGCAUUAAGGAGCACACGCUACAAGACACUGAUGUGAUUACUAUUAAAGCAACAGAUGAUGACAGCACUAAGGAAUAUAAAAACAUUAAAUAUCGAAUAGUCUCCGUCGCUCCUGAAUCUCAAGACCUGCAAUUCUACAUAACCCAGGGGUUUGAAACUCAAACUGGAACCAUUUCAUUUAAAGGAUGUCUGGAUCAUGAGAGAGCAGAGAAAUACAGAAUUAUCGUGGAGGCCAGUGACCAAGGAAAACCAAAAUCGCUCUCCAGCUCCUGCACCAUCACAAUCGACAUUGAAGACGGAAACAAUCACAUGCCUGUGAUCACAAAGCAGACAGGUCCUAGAAAGGUGAAGGAAGGACAGGAAAAUGUCCUUGUUUCACGUCUGCAAGUUACAGAUGCUGAUGCUGAAGGCACAGCAGCAUGGAGAGCAAAAUACCACAUCAAAGGAGACACAGGAAACAACUUCAGGAUCACUACUGAUCCGGAGACAAACGAGGGGCUGCUGUAUGUGGACAAGCAUCUGAGCUUUGAAGACGGUCCUACGAGGAACAUUACAAUCUCUGUGGAGAAUGAGAUCCCCUAUUUUACAUGCAAAGUGGUGGAUCGCAAGAUUUGGAAAGUAGAAACUAUCAGUGGUGCCCUUGAAAGCGGUGCCUCUGUUAGUGGUGGCACAGCUACUGUUGUAAGUGGAUCACAACAGACAUCAGUUACAUCCAGCCAUGUAGUGACAGUGAGUGUGGAGGACGUCAACGAGGCUCCGGUCUUCGACAAACCUGAAAAAACAGCUUUUUUGCUCGAGAAUGCUGAGGCGGGACAAUAUCUGGAGACAUUUACAGCCAGAGACCCUGAUGUCGCCAGUGCAAACACAUUUAAAUAUGUCAAAGGAGAGGAUCCUGCUGAUUGGAUUUCAGUUGAUCCAAAUACGGGAAAAGUAACCACAACAAAGAUCUUAGACCGAGAGUCAGAAUUUGUUGAAGAUGGCGCCUAUAAAGUCACAAUAUAUGCUGUUGAUGAUGGGAACCCUUCGAUGACGAGCACCGCAACUCUCACCAUUCAGAUUAACGACCAGAACGACAAUCCUCCAUCCCUGGUUGUAAACACAUUGGACAUCUGCCAAUCUGACAAACCCUCUCUGACAAACAUCACAGCUUUCGAUCGAGAUGAGGAGCCAUUCGGUGGUCCUUUCAGGUUCAAGCUCCAUGGAGAUGUUAAGGGCAAGUGGAAGGUUGAGCCCGCACAAGGGUAUUCAGUCAAUCUGGUGAAAGACAACACAGUUCACUCUGGACUCUACAAGCUGCUUCUCGAAGUGUCUGAUCUUCAGGGGGAGGCGGCUUUCCACAACCUGUCAGUGACUGUCUGUAACUGCAUCGACAUAACAAGGCCAAACUGUCGCUUGCGAGAAGUUCCUGGCACCACAGCAGGAGGAUCUGCACUGGGGAUUGUUUUUCUCAGCAUUCUACUCUUUGCAGGUUUGCUACUUUUGGCAUUUCUGAUGACUUGUAAGAGAGAGAAAGUACCAAUGCCACCUGACAGUUCUGGACAAUAUCUCAUGGUCCAUAACAUUGAGGAGCAAGGAACUGAUUGUGCAGUGAAUUUCAAGUCAUCAAAAGGUGGUCACAAUGGGACAUGGAUCCAAACAACAUGCCCACCUUUAAGGAUGAACUCACCAACCACUAUGCCACCAGCAGUGUCACAGGGUCAAUCGGAGAAAUAUGCUAUGUCCCAAACCAACACCAUGCAGCAAGAGCAAAGGCGAAAUUUGCAAUGGUUGGUGACUGACUCUGUAAGCGAGGGAUUACAAACUCAAUCAGGAUACUUACAAGGAAAAAGCUCAGUGGAAACAGCUUUUCCUCGAAGAAACUAUAAAUACAGGACAAUCCACACAUCAUCUGCAGCCAUGGAAAUGAUGCAGCAGAGGCAAUCUAUGCAUAAGUUGGUGAUUGGCUCAGAAAAUGAAGGAUUACAAGCCAACUCAGGAUACUUACAAGGAAAUAGUUCGAUGGGAAUAUCUUUUUCUCGAGGAAACUAUAAAUACGCGUCAAUGGGCUCAUCAUCCAUGGGAAUGAGACAGCGGAGAAAAUCUGUGCAUGAGAGUUUGGACGGAUACAACCUACAAAACAUUGGAACUCAAAUAAAUAAGAAGCUGUACAUUCUUAAGGCACCAGGUGAGGAACUGGGUGACUAUGAACCCCAUGAAUAUGUCGAGGAGGGAGAUGAAGAACACAGUUUUGAGCUUGAUGCCAUCUCCAUCCCUGAUGUGCCCUUUGAUCUGGACCUGGACCUGGAUUUCAGGUUCAGUAACCUGGCCUCAAUCUGCAUGCCUGGCGACAGCACCAUCUACAGUACCAAAUCAGAGACAGCAACUGUGACCCAGGAGUGGAAAGCCAUAAAAAUUAACACUCCCUCCUAUUUGUAAGCAGUACAAUAUUGUAUUUUUCUUCAGGUCACCAAAUCCUCAGUAUAAAUAUUACCUCCAGCACCUUCUGAAAGACUCACAGCAGUUUAUAUCACCGUUGUAGCACAAAAACACAGUCCUUGUCUGAGAAAAUAGCAAAAACUCAAACCAAGACAACACUACAUGUCAUCGCUGUUCAAAGUCAUUCAUUGUUUCUACUAUUGACAGGCCAUGUUACACACACUUUGAGAUCCUGUGUCUUAUUUGUAGUAAAUUUGAUUAUAAAAGUUUUUUUAUUUUGAUAUAUCUCAGUGCCAGAUUUGCAGGUACGUGUUCUGCACCUUGCAGAGUUUUUCUGUAUCGAGGAAGUUUUGGAAAGGAAAAUCACAGAUGAAUUGAAAAAUGUUCAAGUUUUGUUCAUUGCAGUUUAAUUUAUUCAAGCAUAAGAGAUAUUUUUUGUUGAUCCAAUGCUCAGAAAUAACAGGAAAAUGCAUAGAUUUCUGUCACAAAAAAAAAAAGGUAACACAGACUCACUGGUUUUACUGCUCAAUUAUGCUUACUCUAGUCACCAUCCAAAGGCCUAUCCUUAGCCAGGAAAAACCAGAAACCUGAGGAACCGGCCAGUAGCAGGACUCCCUUUGUUGACUUAAAUUAUUCUGGAUAUCCAGAGGGCCUAUUUAUACUUUCUUCUCUUAUUUAAACAGUGCUGAUGAUGAAGAGGAAAUGAGCCCAAACACAAAUUCGCACAGAUAUUUUUUUUUUGAAAUUGCACUGACAAAUGACAUUGUGUGUCAUAAUGCAAAAAUAGUGAGCUAUUAUCAUUUAUCUUUUAUGACAUUUACUAUAUCUUCAGGCAUGUUUUGUUUAUUUUACCUUUGCAUGUGUCACAUAAUCCGUCCUUAAUCCUCACUAAUUUGUAUGUCUGUUUAAUUAUUUGUGGACUCUUUAUAGGUGACUUAAUGUGAUUACUACAUAAAAUGCAUGUUGAAUAACAUGAAAAAAUGCACUCUCAUUAAUGAGACCGGGCCUCUUUAUACACAUUUAUUCUUAAUACAAAUAUUAGUGUGAAAAAAUACAAUCCACACAGAACCAUAGUUGUGUAGCUGGUGAAGCAGCAAAGUGUUAUUUUUUUACUUUUGUGUGUUGUUUAUCAAAAAUGUUUCAUUCACUACAGGUUACAUUAACAAUUGAUAUGAUUACUCACAGUGGCAACCAGGAAAUGUGUUUUACUUUUUUAUUUGGAUGUCUUAAGAUUAAUUUCAGGUUACAUUUCUUUUUUUCAUGCUCUGUUUUAGCCUUUGCAAAUGAGCCAUUUAUAUAUGUUGCUCUCUUAAAAUUAGGAACCUUGCUUGCUUCGGGGUUCUUCCCUCUUCUUAGUUUUAUUUAUUUUAAUCUAUUGCAGGGGGUAAAGAAAUAUUCUACAAUAAUAACCCCACAAGGUUACUUGAGGUUUUUCUGCUUCUAAAGUGUGAGUCAAUCAGAAGCUGCAAGAUUUUUCACAAAGCUUUUAAAAAUGUUUACAAAAACAAGCAAGCAAAACUGAUUUUUCUAUAUGAAUGUUAAAAAUGUAAGAAAAGAUUCAUUGUGUGCACAUUUGUUUUGAAGAUUAUCAUAGCUGGUACUGGUUGUGGUUAUUGGUUAAAGUGGUCUUUUGUUUGUUUUUCUGUGACUAUAAAUGUGGUUUUUUUUGUACUUUAAAUGAAAGUAUACAGAGGCUGAAGUGCAUAAUCAUGACACAAAAUAAAUUUAGUAAUUACUGACACUAACACACUGUAGCAUUAUAAAAAUAUGCAGGUGUGUCUUGUGCAAAUAAAGGAGCUCCAAAGA